AUGGAGUCGCUGGAGCCUGCCGCUCACGGAGGCGGAUUGCUAGCCCCCGUGAACGCGGCGAAUCCUGCACCAAAUCUUGAACCAAAUCCUGCACCGAAUCUUGGACCCAAUUCUGCACCAAAUCUUGAACCCAAUCCUGCACCAAAUCUUGAACAAACUUCUGCAGCAAAUCGUGAACCCAACUCUGCACCCGAUCCUGCAGCAUUAGCCGCUCCCGAGACGCACCAGCAUGCAACUACGGAUAAAACGGUUCCUCCAGACGCAGCGAAUGCCAGCAGGGUGGGCAACAGCAUCAGCAUUGGAGCACCUUCUGCCCGAUUGCCUUCUGUGCAGCGUACCACCAGCAAAUCGCAGCAACCCCCGCGGGGCUCCGCUACUGGUGGUGGUGGUGGUGGUGGAAAACUUGCGCGGUGUCUCGGCACCAAUCAGUGGGUGGCAGCUCUCUUCAAGCCAACCGGCCGACUUCGGCUCGCCAAGAUACUGUCGGUGAGGUCGCAUGGCGAGACAGGUUCUCAUCUGCCAGACGAAGUGUUGCAGCCCAGUUUGCCGCGGGCUUCUUCCAAGAACAGCAGUAAUAGCAGCAGCAGCAGCACGAGCAGCAGCAGUAGCAGCAGUAAGGCUGCGUUUCUGAAAGCCGCCAGCAGCAGCAACUGCGAGCCAGCCGGUGCCUCAGCAGCUUCCACCACUCCCACCGACUACGAGUAUUACGUACAUUACAGACUCACCAACAGACGGCUGGACUGCUGGCUGCCUUUCUCGGAUUUGCUGCCCGUCAAUGCGCAAGGCCGCGUGCUCCCCCCGACGAGCUACCACAGAUCUACAGGAGGCAGCUGCCCCCUCCCACCGAGUCUAUCCUCUCCGCUGCCUCACGAUGCUGCAGCCGCUGCCGCAGCGAGUCUUGGAGGGGGGGGAGAACACCUGCCGAAGCGCAUGAAACUCGCGAACGGAGACAAGGGGCCUCCACCCUCAGAUGCCACGGCUUCUUUCCCUGCAGGAAAGGCUGCAGAAUCCGCUCUCCCACCAGCAGCCACUGCCAACGCCUCGCAAGAGGAAGACGCAGAUUGCGCUGCCGCCGCGGCGUGGAAACAGCUCGAAGCCGAGGGAAACACCGAAGCUGAAGAACUCAAAGUGCUCCUCUUCGACCCCUCGCUCGUCUUCUCAGAUCAUGAUGAGGAGGAACAUGAAGGCAUGGAUUCUGCAACAUUGGCAGCGCAUGAGGAGGCCACGCGAGUCAAGACGAUCAACAAAGUUUUCUUUGGAGGACAAGAAUUGGAUACUUGGUUAUCCAUGUUUGAGGUCGAUGGAAAAACCGCGCGCGUGUAUAGUGUGGGUGGAUCUCCAUCGCCUGUUUGUGGUCCUUUCAGCCCCUCCCUAGCAGCAAUUACAAAGCAGCCGUGGACACGUCAUGCGGCAGCAGCUGCUGAUCUAGUUGCUUUCUGCGUUUAGGAGAACCUGUGUUUCCUGGCGAAGCUGUUCCUGGAUCACAAGACUCUUCAGUUCGACGUUGAGCCUUUCCUCUUCUACGUGCUUACUGAGGAGAAGGUAUCUCUGCAAGGAUACAACUUGGCCUGCAUUCUGACUUUGCCGCAGCACCAGCGGAAAGGCUAUGGACGCUUUCUUAUUUCCUUCAGCUACGUGUUGUCUCUGAAGGAGAAUAAGCGGGGAGGGCCGGAGAGGCCCCUCUCUGACUUAGGCCGUUUGAGUUAUAUUGGAUGGUGGAGUUGGCGCAUCUUGAAUCUCCUGUCAGAACCGCAGUGGGCAUGCAAGAAGCGUGUUUCUAUUCAUGAGUUGGUGAGGGCUACCGCCAUCCGUCCCGAAGAUAUUCAAAGGACUCUCGAGGAAAUUGGCGUUCUCAGGGAAGCGGGCUCUGGGGGCGUCCCUGUACACCCUGAGAAGCUGCAUUUUGCUCCCUAUCAUCAGGGUGCGCCGCAGCCGAAUGAGGCAAUGCCUCUCCGUACGGCAGAAGAGGACUAUUGA